AGGGAGUUUGGAGAAGUAAUUUCAUAAGAGGUGGCACCUGACUCUUAGCUCCAGAUAAAAGGCUCACACAGCAGAGCUGUCAAAAAGCAGCAUGACACACACAGUCUGAUCUCCUGGUUGAGGGAAAAACCACAGGAUUUCAGCCAUGGACAUGACUGUUUUCACAUUGGAUUACCAAUGGAACUACACAGACUAUGAAAAUGACACAAAUGAUAACCUGUCGUUAACGAACCUGUCACACCAUGUAAAGGACGUUUGCUUUGAGGAGAUUCCAUGCAUGUUGCUGCUGGUGGUGAAUGUAGUCAUCAUCAUGCUUGGGCUUGUGGGAAAUGGUGUGGUGAUCUGGAUCGCAGGUUUUAAGAUGAAGAAGACGGUCAACACCACCUGGUACCUCAGCCUGGCUCUUUCUGAUUUCAUAUUUUGUGCAACUUUGCCCCUCAACACCUUUUAUCUAGUCACAUCUGACUGGAUAUUCGGGCAAUUCAUGUGCAAGUUUACCUCCUUCGUGAUGUUCCUCAACAUGUUCAGCAGCAUCUUUCUUCUCGUCAUCAUCAGUGUGGAUCGCUGCAUAGCUGUCAUCUUCCCUGUUUGGGCACAAAACCAGCGCACCAUAAAGAAAGCUUCUGUGAUAGUUUUUCUUGCAUGGGUUUUUUCAGUCUCAUUGAGUGUCCCACCCCUUAUUUUUCGUGACAUUCAACACCAUCUAGACAGAACCCGCUGCCACAAUAAUUACAAUAGCCAUGACACUCACAAUUCUAUAUUGAUCUGUCGGUUCAUUUUUGGGUUCUUGAUGCCAUUCUUGAUCAUCAUUGUUUGCUACUCAAUUAUCAUUUUUAAGCUGAGAAGCAACCAGAUGGCAAAGUCUUCAAAGCCGUUUAAAAUCAUGACAGCUCUCAUUGGGACUUUUUUUCUGUGCUGGCUGCCGUACCACACAUUCAUGCUGGCUGAACUGACCCACGGCUUCCCCAUCGAAAUCAUUUCCUUAGGGCUCAAGAUUGGAACCUCAAUCGCUUCAGCUAAUAGCUUCCUCAAUCCAAUUCUCUAUGUUUUUAUGGGCAGUGAUUUCAGGCGAAAGUUUAAGAACUCUAUCCUGUCCAAGAUUGAAAACGCAAUAGGAGAGGAAGGACGCACCACGAGUCGCUAUUUAUCCCGUUCCAGUUCUAUGGAUGCCAGAACAUCGACACACAUCUGAUUUGACAUGAAACUAUAAAAGAGAAAUGUAGGAUGUGAUUAAUUUGUACAUAGUGUAUUUCAAUUCAAUUCAUAUCAGUAUAUUUUCAAAAGUUGGAAAUAUAAUAUUUGAGGAUAAUAAUUUCAUCUUUAAGUAAUUAAUAAAUCUAAUUUAAAUUGUUUUAAAUACUACUUGUUAUUAUUAAAUACUUAAAUACAUAAUAUACACAUAUUAUGUUAAUGUACUGGCUGAUAUUACAUGAUGUACUGUAAUAUCAGCCAUUACAUUUACACAGGAUCAUUGGCACCCAAGGCUUAUCUAUUCCUACAGGGACCGAAUUCUAACAUGCCCAGUCUGAUACAACAGAAAAACCAAUGUAGCACAAAUUGCUGAAACAAAUUAAUGCUGGCUAUUAUAGAAAGGUAUCAGAACCUUCAGUACAUCACAGUUUGAUGUGCAUGGGGUUUAGAAGACAGGUUCAAGGCUAUUGAUCUGCCCUCCAAAAUUCCUAGAUCUCAAUCUGAUUACGCAUCUCUAGGAUGUGCUGGAAAAACAAGUCUGACCCAUGGAGGGCUCACCCCACAACUAAAAGAUAGCCAGAGAACACAACACACCUUGUGGCCAUGUGGAGCCAUGCCCUGAGGACCAGAACUGUUUCAGUGGCACAAGCUUCCCCUAGCUGGUUUUAAUGUUAAUGCAUAUGUUAUUGCUGAUUGGUUUGUUUAUUGUCACAAAGCAUCCAUACAGAAAUUCAGAUGUAGAUUUAGAUCCCUAAAGAGCGAGUCAGUGGAGAGAAAAAAAA